ACUUUGGUUGAAAGCUAUUCCAAGUCAACAUACGAGGGCGCAUGUUACACCUUCCAACACACACCAACAAAUUUCAAACUUUUAUUCCUUCUCAAAUGCAGGCUUUCUGUAAGAGAAUGAAAAUUACAGAACAAACUGCUGUUUGAACAUUAGAUCUGCUGUGGGCUUCGGCGGAUAAAUCAACACAGGGACUCGGUGCUAGCCAGAAAAGAAAAAGAUAAAACAAUGUCAUCCAAAGUCUUCAGAGGCUGAAUCUGAAUUUUCGUGAGGCUGAACCCCAAAGUUCAUUUGUAAGGACAGAAAUCCUUUAAAGGAGGCCAGAUUCUUGCCUUAGUAAUUUUGUACCACAAUAGGAGAAAGAAAUCCAACCGUUAAAUUUUUCAGUUUCGAACACAUAAGAAUGCUUAUAUGUAAUCUGUUAAACUUUCAUGGGCAAAAAAUGAAAGGAAAAUGCACUAUUCAAGUUAUAUGGAAGGUCUUCUGUCAUAUCUUGGUGUGUGCUUUUUUAUUCGACGUUUGCGGGUGUGUGUGUGUGUUAAUCAGGUUCUUCCCAUUGCUUACAUGAUUCAGAAACAGAAAGGAGGAAAGACAGAGAUCAUUCUUGGAUAAUGGAAGCAUCUUAUUGGAGGAUCUCAUUGCUUCUUGUGAUGGAAAAUCGAAUCCUAUUUGUUGUUAUUCUGCUGAUGAGCUCACGAGGGCAACCAACAACUUUGAUCCUUCUUGCAUUAUGCAAGAUUGUUCACCCACUGAAAAUAGUCAAUUCCCCAGUUCUAUACAUGUUUAUGGUGGUUACAAAAUGUUCAGGGGUUUUCUACAUGAUCGAUCAAUCAUUGUUAAGAAGUUCAUGGGGACGGGGGAUGAAGCUAAGUCCAUGGCCAUUCGAGACAUUAUUAUAUCAAUGCAGAUGAGCAACCAUAAAAAUGUUUUGAAACUCUUGGGCUGCUGCUUGGAGAGUUCUGUACCAGCUCUUGUUCAUGAGUAUGCGAUGGAAGGAGUUCUCAACGAUCACGGAGGUCUAGGGGGUAAUGAAAAUUACUCCUCAUUACCAUGGAAAACUAGACUGCGUAUUGCAAAGCAGCUUGCUAAUGCACUUACAUAUCUCCAUACUGCCUUUCCCAGGCCAAUCAUUCAUCGGGAUUUAAAACCCAGCUGUAUUUUCUUGGGCCAUGAUUAUGUUCCCAAACUCACCAACUUCUCACUCUCCAUUUCCAUUCCUCCUAUGCAGUCUCAUGUUGAAGAUGAUCUGAAAGGGACAUUUGGGUACCUUGAUCCUUCUUACAUGAAGUCUGGUUACAUUACAGAAAAAAGUGAUGUUUAUAGCUUUGGUGUGCAUUUACUUGUAUUCUUAACGGGACAAAAAGUCGUAGAUAAAUAUGACGCAAUAGAAUACCAAUCAAUUAUUGCAUAUGUGAAACAACAUGUUAGUGAAAUCGGGCAGAUUCAGACAAUUGUGGACCCUAAAAUCAAUGAGGAUGUAGGGGGAGAUGAGAAAGUGCAGCAGCAGUUGCAAGAUUUCCUACAACUGGCAUUGUCAUGCACUCAAGACGAAAUUGAAAGAAGGCCAUAUAUGACAGAUGUGGCUAGAGAACUUGUUCGAAUUGACAAGAUAUGACUAGUGGUUGGAAGAUGAGCAGUGUCUUAAAUGUUGAACUCUCUAACCUUUGUAUGGUGUUGGUUGUUAAUGCGUUGCUAUUAUUUUCAUUUUUCUGUUAAUUUGCAACAAAUAUGAUAGCUCAGAUUAGAUAUCUUUGGAUUUCUUUAUUUGUAAGGAGUUUUUGAUGUUGCCUUUUCUUUCUCUAUCCAAACAUUGAUUGCAACCUAAUUAAUGAGAAAGAAAGAAAAAAAAGAAGAAGAGAACAACGUGUUAAAAAUCAAAUACAUUAAUCAGGAAUAUCCUGUGGAAAUUACAUUUCCAAACAUUAUACAGUACUCUUAGCACUGGCA